CUGCCUGGCGAAGGCGCGGAGGCGAGCGCGGGGGAGAGCAGCCACCGGCGCCGCUGCCGCCGUCAGGGCAUCAGGAUGGCAGUGGGCUCUGUCAAGAUGCAGCCACCGUGCGAGAGCCCGGCGCUGGCCUCGGCGGCCCCGGCCGACGGCCCCCUGCGCCGCAGCCCGAGCGCCCGGGAGCCCGAGCGCGAGCCGCCCGCCGCGUCUCUGCGGCCGCGCCUGCGGGACCUGCCUGCGCUGCUGCGGAGCGGGCUCACGCUGCGGAGGAAGCGGAGCGCCGCCGGGGCCCGGACUCUUUCAAGAAGAAUUUCCAACCCGUACCUUGAACAUACUUCUUCCCAGAUUUAUGGAGAGAAUUCUUCUUGUGCAGGAAAAGCAUUAAGAAAUAUUAUUAUCCUUCAAGCAGCUGACCUGGUAAAGGACAGAGUGAACCUCAAGGGAUUUUACAGGAGAAGUUGUGUGGGGUCAGAGCUGGUUGACUGGCUUCUAGAGCACUGCCCUUUCGUCCAGUGUAGAUCUAUGGCCAUUGGAGUCUGGCAGCUCCUACUGGAUAUGGGAAUUAUGUCUUCGGUGGACCAACAUCUGUACUUUCAAGAUAACUAUGUUUUCUACCAAUUUUCUUCGGAGGAAUGUAGCUACUUGUACUGUGAAUUUGAAAGAGAAGAAGAAUGGCAAAACGGAGUGAAGCUUCUCCUGCAGCUUGUGCAUCUCCUUCCUGCUAGAGCUGGCACCUGUGACCUGUCUCAUCAGAAAGUGGAGGACUCAGAAGAAAGCAGCGAUGAAAUUCUCGCUCGGCUAACAUCUGCGGUGCAGAGAGAGCUAGCAGCUGUUAUUGCGAUGAAAGCAAGAAAGUCCGCUGAUGAAGAAGAUGAUGGAAAUACCGCCAAGCACGUAACCGUGACCGAGGCUAACGAUGCUCCUGAUCCUCAGGCUGGAGUGAUGUGCAAGCUUCAAGAGAGAGAUGAUAUCGGGCGUAUUGAGCUGGUCCAGAGGCUGGCAAGAGAAAACUGCCAGUUUCUACAGACAGACAAAAAAGAGCCGGAGAAGUCUGAGCAGCAAGAUGAUGAAGUGCCGAUGGUUCAGGUUAAAGAGCAAGGCCAGAGUGUGCUGGUGCUGAAGAAAGUAGCAAGCUGUGGCCCAACCCCCACCCCGGGGAGUGCGGAGAGCGAGAGCGACGCGAGAUACAUGGUGGUGUCCGGGACCCCGGAGAAGAUCUUAGAGCACCUUCUGAAUGACUUGCACCUGGCAGAGGUUCAGCACAAAGAAACAGAGACGCUCCUCGAUGACUUCCUUCUCACGUAUACAGUAUUCAUGACAACCGAUGACCUGUGCCAGGCGCUGUUGAGACACUAUUCUGCUAAGAAGCAUCAAGGGGAAGAAGAAAAGUCAGAUGUCCCUUGUCGGAAGCGUAAGGUCCUCCAUCUGGUUUCACAGUGGAUUGCUCUGUACAAAGACUGGCUACAUGAAGAUGAACAUUCAAAAAUGUUUCUAAAGACCAUAUACAGGAAUGUACUGGAUGAUGUCUACGAAUACCCAAUUCUCGAGAAAGAACUGAAAGAAUUUCAGAAGAUACUUGGGAUGCAUCGCCGUCACACUGUUGAUGAGUACUCACCACAAAGGAAGAGUAAAGCCCUUUUCCACCAAUUCAGUCUUAAGGAGAACUGGCUGCAGCAUAGAGGAACUGUGGCUGAGACAGAGGAAAUUUUUUGCCAUGUGUAUAUAACGGAGCACUCCUAUGUCAGUGUGAAGGCAAAAGUUUCCAGUACAGCCCAGGAGAUCCUGAAGGUUGUGGCUGAGAAGCUGCAGCGAGCCGAAGAGGAUCUGGCUCUGGUGGCCAUCAUGUUCUCUGGAGAAAAGCAUGAACUUCAGCCAAAUGACUUGGCCGUUUCCAAAUCCCUGGAGGCCUCGGGUCGGAUAUUUGUCUACCGGAAAGAUCUUGCUGACACUUUGAAUCCUUUUGCAGAAAAUGAGGAAUCGCAGCAAAGAUCAAUGAGGAUUUUGGGAAUGAACACUUGGGACCUUGCUCUCGAACUGAUGAGUUUUGAUUGGAGUCUGUUCAACUCAAUCCAUGAGCAAGAGCUGAUCUACUUCACGUUCAGCAGGCAGGGAGGUGGAGAGCACACGGUGAACCUCAGCCUUCUGCUCCAGAGGUGUAAUGAAGUCCAGCUAUGGGUGGCCACGGAGAUCCUGCUCUGCAGCCAGCUGGGCAAGCGCGUGCAACUGCUGAAGAAAUUCAUCAAGAUUGCUGCUCACUGCAAAGCCCAGCAGAACCUGAACUCCUUCUUCGCUAUUGUGAUGGGUCUCAACACGGCCUCUGUGAGCCGGCUGUCACAGACCUGGGAGAAAAUUCCUGGGAAGUUUAAGAAACUUUUCUCUGAACUUGAAAGCUUAACGGAUCCUUCCCUAAAUCACAAAGCCUACAGGGAUGCAUUCAAAAAGAUGAAGCCACCAAAAAUUCCUUUCAUGCCCUUAUUGCUUAAAGAUGUAACAUUUAUUCAUGAAGGAAAUAAAACAUUCUUGGAUAAUCUCGUCAACUUUGAAAAGCUGCACAUGAUUGCAGACACGGUCCGGACCCUGAGACACUGCAGAAGUAACCAGUUUGGAAGUGACAUGUCCCCAAAGGAGCAGCAAGAGCUGAAGUCCUAUGUCAACCACCUGUAUGUCAUCGACAGCCAACAGGCCCUGUUCGAGCUCUCUCACAGGCUGGAGCCCCGGGCCUGAGCCGCGUCCAUCUGUCCUGUGACUACAGCACUUAAAGCGAAGGGAGGGUCUCCGUUCAGCAUGCUGCUUCCUGUGAGAAAAGAGCUUGCUGAGUUCUAGCAGCUACCAUGAGACAAGUGCAGGAAAGCCAUUCGGAAAGCGAUACCAGCUACCAGAUGCAGAGAGUGCCCCUCUCCCCACCUCAACGAGAAGAUGGAAGGAGUCGAGCAUCCUUGGAACAGGGUCUUUCUUACGAUGGUGAUUUCAAUCCAGUCCAAGUCUCAGCUUACGGCGUGGCAGCAUUAAGAGAAAACAUGUCUUGAUAUAUAGCAGCCAGGUUUUUUUUUUUCAGUAAGAUUGUGUGUAGCAGGGAGGACUGCCAUUCUGCCUGCAUCACCUUACUGCCUAGGGGCCAUUAAGAGACCGGGAGCACCUGAAGACAGUGAGAGCAUCUCCAGAUGCCCAGGAGGAGAGGCUCCAGCAGCUAGAAAUCAGACAUCACCCUGGGAGGCAUGUCCUGCUGUGCAAAUAAGAAGUGCCUGGCAUACAUUUCUUUGCAUCCACAAUCAUUUACCAGCGUAGGCACAGAUUAAACUAGUUUCCGUACUACUGAUGCACUCCUGUAAGCACGGUAGACCGAGUUUCUCAUUCACUAAGGUACUUGGCAUUGUUCAGUUUCUGGAAACUUACUGUACAUGUAUUUUUGUUGUUGUUGAGCUCAACAUGAUUUUCAGGAAAACAUGGGGCCAAGAUCAUGGGUGCUCGGUAUCCGCUUACUGAGAUCGCAGGAUCGCCAGUUUCUGCAGUCCUGUGCCUGAUGCAGCCUUGGUGUGUGGCAUAACUCCACCAGGCUCCCUGCCCACAGGAUGCAGCAUGUCAGCCUGUGAGGGAGGGAAGUGAAGCUGGAUAUAGAUAGCUUAACAGUUGGCAUUACCAGUCUUUGAAGUAUUGAAAAGUACCCAGAAAUGCCUAAAAUCUGACUUAAUUGGAGAGUCGGGAGUCCGUUUCCCAAGGAUAGCCAGAGCCUUUCUGCAAUUCACCCAUUUCCUUUUCAUUCCUUGGUUUUGACAAAUUGGGCCUCAUAUACCGAAUAAGACCUCUUGGAAUUCUCAAGGACUGGUUAGAGAAUUUCCCUGAAUCCUCAAGUAAGGAAGAGCGCGUGGUUAAAACAAGGCUGCCUGGUGCUAGCUGUUCACUUCGCUGGGUGCAAGCCCCUGUCUGACGCAGCAGGUCCGCAUCUCCAGUCAUGAGUGUGGGUACACUCCUCACACCCCCCGAGGGGCUGCCUGCUCAGUGUCCACACAGACCUGAUUACUACAGCCCCUUACCCAUUCUCAUGACUGAGACUACGCUGUGCCCCUUGUCUCCUGAUUGCUUUUCUGGUCUUGGGACCACAGUGGGCCUGAAGUACUGAUAAAAGGAACUAUAUGGAAAAAUCCUGGGUAGAGAUUUCAAAGGGAUUGCAUCUAAACCAGCAUGUAGAAUGUUAGUCCUAGAAACUUACAGGGUGUUAUAGACACACUCCAACUAGGACUGGUUCACUGAGGAAAUGUUUUACAGGGCUGAGAACCAGUGGAUGACCAGAGCCACAGAGGCAGGGAAGCAGGCUCUCUUGAUGUCUAAGCAAGCACAAGCACCCGCAAAGCCCUGGCAGUCUCUGAGAGCAACACAGACUGACAGCACAGACACCCGUCUUCCUCCAAGCUAGCAGCCAGCAUUCGGCUAGUGAGAUCACACCAGGCCAUUUGGUCUGGUCUCUGUCCUAACCUACUGUAUGGCGUCAGCUCUACGCUGCUUUAAGCAGAACCCAGGACUCACUGGAUGGAGAGAUCUGUUGUAGUAGAACACUGUAUGUCUAGGCUCCAGUUUAGCUAGGCUGUGGAAGCCAUGCCUGCAGCAUGCUGAGCACACUCAGAGAAUCCUGCAGGAGAUGCGUGAGUGAGACUGCUGUUCCUCCAAAGCAAAAGUCAGGUGGGAUUUGUUUUGCCAUCCAGUCUUCUGAAUAUGUAAAAUCUCUAAAUCUUCAACCUUAACACCCAUGUCCAGGAAUUUCUCAGGUGGCAGAUUCAGGGACCUCAGAAGGUUUGCAGAAUUUUAAAUCUGAAGUGAGCACUGUGGUAGAUGUGCCCAGGGGUCAGCAGCAUCCAUGUGUGGGGUGAGCUGGCUCCUUCUCUAGAACUUCCCCUGGGCCUCCCCAAAAUCAGUAUCGAUCUCCCUGGAUGUGGACUAGGGGAUGCCUAGGGUCUCUUCCAGUUUUCCUUUAGAUUACAUAGCUCUGCGGUCCCUCUCCAAAUCCUGUGUAACUGGGAUCUUCCCCCGUGAGUGAUGCUGGGCUUCUUCCUCAGCACAGCCCUCUAGGGGACCUGUGGAUCUCUGGAGUCCAUUCCUGCAAAGCAACCGCACUUGCUAGUUAGCACAGGAGGCAGAACACAAGUUCAUCUAGGGAAAGUCACCAACUUUCCAAAUCCUUUAAAGAAUUUACAAACACAUUUGCAGAUGCUCCCUAGCCUACGGAUUUGAAAUUCACUUUGAGUCUGUCUAAUUGCCAAAUGGUUAUAGUAGCACAUAGUAUAACCCAUAUCCAGUCUUUUCUAGUAUCCUUAAUUGCAUUGAGAAUACAUUCCUUUUCCUACUCCGAUAUCUACAAGCAAGUAGUGUGGCACAUGCCUUGACUUUAGAGGCACAAGAAUAAAGUCUCACGCCCCCUACUUCAUAGGUGCACACUCGCCUGAGUGAGCCAUAAGCAGUGUGGGCAGGUGGCUGCUUAUGUAGACUUCUGGUCCUGUAGCUGCCCCUUGACGCUGCAAAGUCCCAGCCCUGUGGGUUUGCCACAGACGACACAUGCACUGCAAACCCUGAACUGAACAGCACAACCCACCCAAGCUUCUCAGAACUGGGCAAAAUCUUCAAUGUUUAGACGACAAGGGCCACUGCAGCUGUCCAGCGUAGGGUUUCUUUCCCACUUCAAAGACGUGUCCUUGAAAUUUCAGCCUGCUUGUUACUAAGUGGGCCAGUUUUGCUCUAGAGAAAACAUUUUGAAAAAUUGCCAAAAAGUCAGAUGAAUUGUACUACUGUAUAAAGCAAAGCUGUAUAUACUAAGCAUUUUUAGCAGAGUGAUAUUUAUUUGCAUAGCCUAUUUAUUGUAUUCAUAUUACACUGUUGUUAAAUACCAGGAUGAAAUCAAUGAUCAGAGCAAGGACUCUUGUGUAGGACUGCUGCAACAUUGUCAGCUUGUGAUAACCAUUAGACGAUAGAAAGCCCACGGUCCGGGCAUCUACCUAACUUCUCAGGGACUACACCUCGUAGUUUUCCACCGGUCUAAGAGCUGGUAGAUAUGAAACAUUUGUUGAAUUACCAGACUACCAUUGACAGUGUUUGCUUUCUGCCUCUGUGUAAUGAUGUGCUGUGUAUUUAUCAAAGUAGGAAGCAAUAAUUUAUAUGUAAAAAUGGCCAAGCAAUAUAAGGUUAAAACUUAUAUGAGUAACCAUUACCUUAUCUUGUAUUUUCAAGUGUUUUUUAAGCUGCUUUUCCAAAUAUAAGACUAUGUUAA